AUGCGUGAGAUCAUGGACUACACGACAAACAUUCGUAACAUGUCUGUGAUUGCUCACGUCGACCACGGUAAGUCCACGCUGACUGACUCGCUGGUGUCCAAGGCCGGUAUUAUCUCAGCCAAGCACGCCGGUGAGGCCCGUUUCACGGACACUCGCGCUGAUGAGCAGGAGCGUUGUAUUACCAUUAAGUCGACCGGUAUUUCGAUGUUCUUUGAGUACGAUAUGGACGUCGGUGAGGCAGCCACCGCUGCCGCUAUCGCUAAGGAGUCCAAUGAUGCCAACGCCGUCGAAGGUGAAGAGGUGAAAAUCUCCAAGAACUCGUACCUGAUUAAUUUGAUCGACUCGCCUGGUCACGUUGACUUUUCGUCUGAAGUGACGGCUGCUCUGCGUGUAACGGAUGGUGCUCUGGUUGUGGUGGACUGUAUUGAGGGUGUCUGUGUGCAGACCGAGACGGUGCUACGUCAAUCAAUCAGCGAGCGUGUGAAGCCCGUUCUCAUGGUAAACAAGGUUGACCGUGCUUUACUAGAGCUUCACCUUGAGCCCGAGGACUGCUAUCAGUCAUUUACCCGUGCUAUUGAGACGGUUAACGUUGUUAUUGCCACCUACUUUGACGAGAAGCUGGGUGAUGUCCAGGUGUACCCCGAGAAGGGUACGGUCGCCUUUGGUUCAGGUCUUCACCAGUGGGGUUUCACCCUGAAGAAAUUUGCUCGUCUUUACUCGAAGAAGUUUGGUAUUGCUGAGGACAAGAUGAUGCAGAAGCUAUGGGGCGACUGGUACUUCGAUGCGUCAAACAAGAAGUGGACAAGCAAGAACAAUCCUGAGGGAACCCUCAAGCGUGCUUUCUGCCAGUUCAUUAUGGAUCCCAUCAUCAAGAUGUUCGAAGCUAUCAUGAAUGACAAGAAAGCCAAGUACGAGAAGAUGAUGAAAGCUGUGGGCGUUGAGCUCAAGUCUGACGAGAAGGAGCUGACGGGCAAGCCACUGCUGAAGCGUGUCAUGCAGCGCUGGCUGCCGGCUGCCGAUGCCGUUCUUGAGAUGAUUGUGGUGCACUUGCCGUCGCCUGUGACCGCCCAGAGAUACCGUGUGGACACUCUGUACCAGGGUCCUCAGGACGACGAGUGCGCUGAGGCUAUCCGCAAGUGCGACGUUAAUGGUCCUCUAGUUAUGUACGUGUCGAAGAUGGUGCCGACUUCGGACAAGGGUCGUUUCUACGCCUUUGGCCGUGUGUUUGCCGGCAAAAUUGCCACCGGCCAGAAGGUCCGCAUGCUUGGCCCUAACUACGUGCCCGGCAAGAAGACCGACUUGUGGGUGAAGAACAUUCAGCGUACGGUCAUCAUGAUGGGUCGUUAUGUCGAGCAGACGCCCGACAUUCCGGCCGGUAACACGUGCGCUUUGGUGGGUGUUGACCAGUAUUUGUUGAAGUCUGGUACGAUUACCACGUCUGAGACGGGUCACACCAUCCGUACCAUGAAGUUCUCCGUGUCGCCUGUCGUGCGUGUGGCUGUUGAGCCCAAGUGCGCUUCGGACUUGCCCAAGCUUGUGGAGGGCAUGAAGCGUCUUUCUAAGUCUGACCCUAUGGUCUUGUGCUACACAGAGGAGUCGGGUGAGCACAUUAUUGCUGGUGCCGGUGAGCUUCAUCUUGAAAUCUGUCUGAAGGAUCUGCAGGAGGAGUUUAUGGGCACGGAGGUGAAGAUUUCUGAGCCUGUUGUGUCUUACCGUGAAACGAUUACGGGCAACUCGUCGAAGACGUGCCUGUCCAAGUCGCCGAACAAGCACAACCGUCUGUUCUGCGAGGCUGGCCCUCUGGGUGAUGAACUGACACUGGAAAUUGAGGAAGAAAAGGAGGAGGUCAGUCCUCGCUACGACCAGAAACUACGUGCUCGCUACCUGGCCGACAAUCAUGGCUGGGACGUGACCGACGCCCGUAAGAUUUGGGGUUAUGGUCCCGACGGCACGGGCGCUAACUUGUUCGUGGAUGCCACCAAGGGUGUGUCGUACUUGAAUGAAAUUAAGGAGUCGGUUCUUGGCGGCUUCAACUGGGCCACCAAGGACGGUGUUCUUUGCGAGGAGGUAGUGCGUGGCAUGCGCGUGAACCUGCUGGAUGUGGUGCUGCACGCUGAUGCCAUUCACCGUGGUAUGGGUCAGAUCUUGCCUACCACCCGCCGUGUGGUGUACGCUUGCCAGCUAGUGUCGGAGCCUGCUCUAAUGGAGCCUGUCUUCCUUGCCGAUAUUCAGGUCCCCCAGGACGCUGUUGGCGGUGUCUACGGCGUGCUGACCCGCCGUCGUGGCCAUGUGUUCGCUGAGGAGCAGCGCCCUGGUACCCCUAUGAUGCAGCUGAAGGCUUACCUGCCUGUUAACGAGUCAUUCGGUUUUACUGCUGAUCUGCGUCAGGCUACAGGUGGCAAGGCUUUCCCUCAAUGUGUGUUUGACCACUACCAGGUCAUUGGUGGUGACCCGACCGACACGAACAACAUGGCCGGUAAGCUGGUGAACGGUGUGCGUGUCCGCAAGGGUCUGACCCCUGAGGUGCCUCCUCUCGACCGUUUCUACGACCGCCUGUAA